CAUCAACAUAUUCAUCACCAGUAAUCUCAUAGAGAUAAGGUUCUGCUUUUAUUAUACAUUUAAUGCUCUCUUCUCUUUUUGAAGUUCACAUGCAAAAUCUCAUGAACACUCUACGUUCACCCCUAUAUGAAUAGCCUCAUGUUACUAUUACUCUUACAAAAAACAAAAUUUUUAUACUAAACAAGAGUGUAGUCUUCUUUCUUUCUUCAUGGCUCGGAACAAGCUCGAGUUUCCACUUGAUGCUGAGGCUUAUGAGAUCAUAUGCAAGAUAGGCGUUGGUGUCAGUGCUUCAGUCUACAAAGCCGUAUGCAUUCCCAUGAACUCAACAGUAGUGGCCAUUAAAGCCAUCGAUCUUGAUCAGUCUCGAGCUGACUUCGACAGUCUUCGCCGUGAAACAAAGACCAUGUCUCUUCUUUCUCAUCCCAACAUCCUCAACGCUUAUUGUUCGUUCACCGUUGAUCGAUGCCUUUGGGUGGUCAUGCCUUUCAUGUCUUGCGGCUCUCUUCAUUCCAUCGUCUCUUCCUCUUUCCCUGAAGGGCUACCCGAAAAUUGCAUUUCCGUGUUCCUCAAGGAAACUCUUAACGCAAUCUCGUAUCUUCACGACCAGGGUCAUCUGCACCGUGACAUCAAAGCUGGUAAUAUUCUUGUAGACUCUGAUGGAUCCGUGAAGCUCGCUGACUUUGGAGUAUCCGCAUCCAUCUAUGAACCUGUUGUCACGUCGUCUGGAACGACGUCGUCUUCUUUAAGGCUGACUGAUAUAGCGGGAACGCCGUAUUGGAUGGCUCCUGAAGUGGUUCACUCUCACACGGGGUACGGUUUCAAGGCAGACAUAUGGUCGUUCGGGAUAACGGCGUUGGAGUUAGCUCACGGUAGACCUCCGUUAUCUCACUUACCGCCGUUAAAGAGUUUACUCAUGAAGAUCACCAAACGGUUUCAUUUCGCUGAUUACGAGAUCAACAAGAGCGGCUGUGGUAAAAAGAAGUUCUCAAAAGCGUUUAGAGAAAUGGUUGGUUUGUGUCUUGAGCAAGACCCUGCUAAAAGACCUUCUGCCGAGAAGUUGCUGAAGCAUCCCUUCUUUAGGAACUGCAAAGGAGUUGAUUUUGUGGUCAAGAACGUGUUGCACGGCUUGUCAAACACGGAACAUAUGUUUAUCGAGAGCCAGGUUUUGAUCAAGGGUGUUGAAGAUGAUGAAGAGGAUGAUGAGGAGAUAGUGAAGAACAGGAGAAUCAGCGGGUGGAACUUCCGUGAAGACGAUCUUCAGCUUUGUCCAGUGUUUCCAACUACUGAAUCAGACACUUCUGAGUUCAGUCCACGUGAAGUAGAUCCAGUCCAAGACAAACCGGAAGGCGAUGAUAACGUCGUGUUAACCGGAUCAGAAACUGGUUUAGGUUUGUCAGACCGAAACGAGGAAGCUAAGGAACAAGAAGGUGAGGUUUGCGGGUUUGACAGAGAUUUGGUUUUAGAGAAACUGAAUCUGUUGAAGAAAAGCUUGGAGCAUCAACGAGCAAGAGUGUUGGUGAUAAUUGAAGCUUUGAGUGGGGAGAAAGAAGAGAGGAACAGAGAAGAAGAGCUCCUAGAGAUGGUGGAGAAGCUGAAGAUUGAGUUGGAAGCUGAGAAGAUGAAGACCUUGCGUGCUGAGAAAGAAAGUGUUUUAAGUUAACUAUUUGAAAAAAAAAUUAAUGGCGACGAAUUUGAUCAUGGUUUUUAGUUUUUGUUUAAAUAUUUUUCUCGUUUAGAUUAUUGCCACUAGAUUCCAUAAAAUUUAGUACACUAGUUAUGACUUAUGAUUGUCAAUCGUAUUUAUGAACUUAUCGAAUAAUAAUUUAUUAAUUUAUCUUUGUA